UUUCCCGUUUUUGCCUGCAGAUCUGACCCAUUCCGGAAAGAAAAGGUUUGAGAAUGGCAGGACCGGAAGCGUCAGCGGGAGGGGACGACUCUCUCUACCCUAUCGCAGUUCUUAUCGAUGAGCUGAGAAAUGAAGACGUCCAGUUGAGACUGAACUCCAUUCGGAAAUUGUCGACCAUCGCCCUUGCCCUCGGGGUCGAGAGGACUCGCAGUGAAUUGAUUCCAUUCCUGACUGAUACCAUAUAUGAUGAAGAUGAGGUUCUUUUGGCAUUGGCCGAGCAGCUGGGUUCCUUCACAACAUUUGUUGGAGGACCAGAGCAUGUCUCUUGUCUCCUCACACCGCUGGAGGCACUGGCCACAGUCGAAGAAACCGUCGUACGCGACAAGGCCGUGGAUUCCUUGAGAACGUUGGCAGCACAGCAUUCGACCGCUGACCUCGAGCAACACUUCAUUCCCCUGGUCAAGCGUCUCUCCACAGGAGACUGGUUCACAUCUCGCACGUCUGCUUGUGGACUCUUCAGCGUCGCCUACCCCCGCGUCUCCAACCCAAUCAAGGCAGACUUGCGGUCCCACUUUCGGCAGCUGUGCCAGGACGACACCCCGAUGGUGCGUCGCGCUGCAUCGAGCAAGCUGGGCGAGUUCGCACGCGUAGUCGAGCUGGAGUUCGUGAAGGUGGACCUGAUCCCCAUGUUCGUGAACCUCGCCCAGGACGACCAGGAUUCCGUGCGGCUGCUGGCCGUCGAGGCCUGCGUGUCCAUCGCCAGCCUCCUCACACAGAGCAGCACUGAAGACACUGCAACACACGUCAUGCCCACCCUCAAAUCUUGUGCCGAGGACAAGUCCUGGCGUGUCAGGUAUAUGGUGGCUGACAAGUUCUCAGAGCUACAGGAGGCUGUUGGCCCAGAACUGACCAAAAAUGAGUUGGUGACCCCCUUCUGCUCCCUCCUGAAGGACGUCGAGGCCGAAGUGCGCGCCGCAGCUGCCGCCAAGGUGCGGGAUUUCUGCCAGAAGCUGAAGGAGGAUGCGCGGGAGUCGAUCAUCAUGAACCAGAUCCUGCCCUGCGUGAAGGAGCUGGUGUCGGACCCAAACCAGCACGUGAAGUCGGCCCUGGCAAGCGUCAUCAUGGGGCUCUCGCCCAUCGUCGGCAAGAACAACACCAUUGAACAUCUCCUCCCCCUUUUCCUCAACCAACUAAAGGAUGAGUAUCCUGAGGUUCGUCUUAACAUCAUCUCCAACCUGGACUGCGUGAAUGAGGUGAUUGGGAUCCAACAGCUGUCCCAGUCUCUCCUCCCAGCGAUCGUAGAACUUGCAGAGGACCAAAAGUGGAGGGUGAGACUUGCCAUCAUUGAGUACAUGCCCCUGCUCGCAGGCCAGCUCGGGGUCGAGUACUUCGAUGAGAAGCUCAACUACCUCUGCAUGGCAUGGCUCGUGGACCACGUCUAUGCCAUCCGCGAGGCUGCCACCCAGAACCUGCGCAAGCUGGUCGAGAAAUUUGGCUCUGAGUGGGCCAAGAGCACCGUCAUCCCCAAGGUGGUCAACAUGGCACGGGACCCGAACUACCUGCACCGUAUGACCUGUCUAUUCUGCAUCCAAGUCCUGGCCGAGGUCUGUGGACCCGACGUCACUGCGAAGCACAUGCUGCCGACCAUCCUGACCCUGGCCGAGGACCCCGUGGCGAACGUCCGCUUCAACGUCGCCAAGACCCUGCAGAAGAUCCACAAGACCCUGGAAGCAUCUGCGAUGCAAUCCCAGGUGAAGCCUUGCCUGGACAAGCUGAAUAACGAUGCCGACUUCGAUGUCCGCUUUUAUGCCUCCGAGGCCAUAGAAUUCAUUGCAAAUGACAAAGUCAAGGGUGGCCCCAUGUCAACUGUGUUCUUUAAGUGUUGCAAAUAUCAAGAGGAAUUGGGUGGUGGUGUGGACCUCAAUCUGCUGGUCAUUGCUGGUGGAGUCACCAGAAUGAACUAA